GCCGCUGCGGCGCCCCUCCCGCUCGGGGUUCACUCUCGGGCUCUCACUCCCUGAGCCACGAGACCAGAGCGGGGACAGGCGCCGGAGACGCUCGCCCAGAGGAGACCUGGGCACGGGGCGAGCCGGCGAAGCCGGAGCCCCAGCCGCUCGCUCCCCGGGAGUCUUCCGAGACCACGGGCAGCUCCGCGUCCCUGCGCGCCACCUGGCACGGCCACUUGGCGGGGCGCGCCAGGACUUGGGAGCGUGUCGGGGAGAGCCAGGGCCGGCGGCGGAGCGAGGGCGCCCCGGGACUGGGAGGGCUGGGCGGUGGCGGCGCAGCGGCCGUAGCCGGGGGUGCCUCCCCUCCUCGCUUCUCCGCCGGCAGGACCGCCUCCCCCGCCGCCACCCGCCGGGUCCUCCGCGCCUUCCCCGCCCGGAGCCGGCGCACGAUGUGCCGGGCUGCGUUCUGAUCGCCACCGCCGCCGCCGCGAUGAUCCCCCCGGAGCCGGCGCCGCAGCCGCCGCAGCCGCCGCUGCCCGCCCUGCCCAACCAUGUGGUGACCACCAUCGAGAACCUGCCGGCGGAGGGCGGCGGCAGCCUGUCCGCCUCCUCCCGGGCCGGCGUGCGCCAGCGGCUCCGCAAAGUGCUGAACAGGGAGAUGCUAAUCUCUGUGGCUCUCGGCCAGGUGUUAUCCCUCCUUAUUUGUGGAAUUGGCUUGACCAGCAAGUACUUGUCGGAAGAUUUCCAUGCCAACACACCGGUCUUCCAGAGUUUCCUCAAUUACAUUCUUCUCUUCUUGGUCUAUACCACCACGCUGGCUGUCAGGCAAGGAGAAGAAAACCUCCUGGCAAUUUUACGACGAAGAUGGUGGAAAUAUAUGAUGCUGGGACUCAUAGACCUGGAGGCAAAUUACCUGGUGGUCAAGGCCUACCAGUACACGACUCUGACCAGUAUCCAGCUCCUGGACUGUUUUGUGAUCCCGGUCGUGAUUUUACUCUCCUGGUUCUUCCUGCUGAUCCGGUACAAGGCUGUACAUUUCAUCGGCAUCGUGGUCUGCAUCUUGGGGAUGGGCUGCAUGGUGGGAGCGGACGUGCUUGUGGGAAGACAUCAGGGAGCAGGGGAAAAUAAGCUGGUAGGGGACCUUCUGGUCUUAGCAGGAGCCACACUCUAUGGUAUCUCUAACGUCUGGGAAGAGUACAUCAUCCGAACCCUGAGCCGAGUGGAAUUCCUGGGCAUGAUCGGACUCUUCGGGGCAUUUUUCAGUGGAAUUCAAUUAGCUAUAAUGGAGCACAAGGAGCUGUUAAAGGUGCCCUGGGAUUGGCAAAUAGGCCUGCUCUACGUUGGCUUCAGCGCCUGCAUGUUUGGCCUCUACAGCUUCAUGCCCAUCGUCAUAAAGAAAACCAGCGCCACUUCGGUCAACCUCUCCCUGCUCACGGCAGAUUUGUACAGCCUGUUCUGUGGAUUGUUUCUCUUCAACUACAAGUUUUCAGGACUUUAUCUCCUGUCCUUCUUCACCAUCCUCAUCGGGUUGGUGCUCUACUCCUCCACCUCCACCUACAUAGCCCAGGACCCCCGGGUGUACAAGCAGUUCCGCAAUCCUUCGGGACCUGUCGUGGACUUACCGGCCACAGCUCAGGUGGAGCCUUCGGUCACCUACACCAGCCUGGGCCAGGAGACCGAAGAGGAGCCCCACGUCCGUGUGGCCUAGGAUGAGGCCCUCCCCCACCCACUGAGCACAACUCAGUGGCCACGUGUUCGCCCAUCAUCUCUGUAUUGUACAUAGAGAAAGGUAUUUAUUAGGUGCAGUUUACAUGGGUGGACUGCAAGGUAGCAAAUCCAAAAGCCUGUAAGAGGCACAAGCUAAACAUCACUGGAGACAGGCUUUGACCCACCUGACUUGGAGAGAUGCCCCGCUUGUGUGUAUCCUGAUCACAGCGCCCCUGCAUUCAUUACUGUGAACAUUUUCUGAUCAGAAGCAACUGUUAUUAUUAUCACUUGGAUUAUUAUUGUUGCUCUUAUGACACCUAGUUUCAGGAGGCUGUUUUGUACUCUUGAGGGGAACUAUUGCCAGACCACCCACGUGUAGUUUACAUAAAUCCCACUUUUCUAUAGCAAGUCACUUUCUAAGAAUCAUACUUUAUUUUUUGUGCACAGUCUGUGAGUGCCGCCGGCCGCAGGAGCCCCACCCUGAGAAGCUUCCCUGUCCUGGGCACCUGGGGCUCAUGGUUUCCUCUAUGACCUUGGAUUGUCUGCUCAAUAAGCAUUUCUUGCUGUGACCCUUGUGGGGAGGGGCAACUGACCAUAUACUUCUCUAUUCCAGGAAUAGAUAUAAACAAACAUGUUAGCCUUUGUAUAUUUUGACCUCUGAUUACUCCCGGCCAUUGUCUUUCUGUUGUGCCACCUUAGAUAAUGCCAAUCAAGUCUCUGAAAUAACGGAAGAAGGAAUGUUCCAUUUCUGUGGCUGAUGGGAAACCCCGGGAGUAAUAUAAAUGUAUGUUUAGGGGAAUAUAUAUUUUUUUUUAAAUCCUGCUGCCUCUUCCUAUAUCCUCUCUUCAAAAAAUAGAUUUGCUUUUCUUUUUUCCCCUAGAUUAUCUUUAGUGAUAUGGAAAUUAAUCAAAAUGUUGGCAAAAGCCCUGGCCCCCUGUCCUUUUAAUGUGUGACAUCCCUUCUGAAACGAACAGGCAUGCAGUUACCUUUAUUGUGGCCUCCAGACAAAGUCAAGGUGCUGAUAUGGAGCAGUCUCUGACAAAGCUCGACUGAUCUGGCCACUUUGUGGUGGUAAAGAUGUCACCCAUGAGAAAGUCUGGCAUGUUGGUCAUAUUUGGCAUCCAGUCAUUAACGGAAUAUAUCAACAUAACAUUCUUAUGGAGACAGAGAAUAUUAUAAGGUCCUGAUAAGACUCUGAGGGAUAUGUCACUACUCUAAUUCUGUUAAAAGGGCCCUUAUUUCCAAACACAGAAAAUAAGAAACACCGCACAUCUCUAUGAUUUAGAAAUAGAUUCUAUGUGUCAGUAUGGGAAAUGGUCUUUACGUCUGGCUGGCUUCACUAGCAUUCAAAAAGAUCCUCGAUCAAGUUACAGGGCUUGUAAAGGAAAAGUAAAUGCUUAUAAAACUUUGGACAAUUAAAAUCAAUGAAUCUUAAGCAAGUAAAGCAAAAACACCAGAGGGGUCUGUAUAGCAGAAGGACAGAUUGCAGCUUAGUCGGGAUUCCUAUAUAGCCUGAGCAAGACCUCCUUGUGAAGGCAAAAGCACCCCAUGCUGUCAGUCAGCACCCACGUGGCCCCUCUGCCUGCCUUCUACUCUGGGCGUGGGUAGUCCAGCCCUUGCAAACGGAGAAGAAAAAGUACCUUUUCUGAUAUGCAGAUCUUAUGCUCAUCUGUGUUCCGCCCCUUUAGAAACAUGUUUUAUUUUCUCUGGGGGGGAAAAACAACAAUGUGAAAGCUAUGUCAAGUCGAACAGCUUUGCCAAUGUCUGCUUUCUGCUACCUUUAAAACCAGUUAAAUACCUUUCUCUCAAUAUUUCAUCCAUUCAGAUCUGAAGACCUUUAAAGACUGUGGUUUUAUUUUUGUGUUUACAUUCCUUUGGUUUGCAUAAUUUGCUUGAUUUAUUGCAUUUUUAUAUUUAUUUUAAGCCAAAUGUUUUAGCCUUUUUUAAUUCACUUUUUGUGACACUAAUUUGUAGAUGCUUAGUAAAAUCUUAGGCGAAAUAAGUGGCUGAAAGUUUUCCUAGUCGACUCAGUGGACUGGGAAUGUUUUUCAAAAUUUACAUUUCACAAAGGUCGGCAAUCAGCGGAUGGCUGAAAGUUGCCAUCUGAACUAUUUUCUAGGACAUUUCAAUUGACUCCAUUGUAUGAAAACCAAGUGUGAAUGUUAAGGUAAAUUCACUGUAUCCCCUUUAUCAUCCAGUGUCCUUAUACACAAGACUUUCAUGCCCCGGGGGAACCUCACGGUGUUGGUUUGUCUCCAUUUAGAAAGCCUGAUCACACUGAAUUGUCUGAGAUCUGGGAGUUCCCAUCAACUCUUUGGAACAAAAAAAGAUAGCAGGAAACACACAUAUUUUUUUUCUGUACAAAAACAUCGAUCCUUUGGGAGUGGGGUGGGAAAUGGGUGUAGGACAUUAACUCUAGCUGUUUUCAUUUCUGAAAUGUCAUAACCUCAGUAGACACCAGCAACAAGUUCAGCUUUUCAAUGCAUCACCCCACCCUCCUCCACGAAUGGGACUGGCAGUUUGUAUAGAAUUUGAUUGGACAAGCAAACCACAGCUUUCCUGAACCCCACCUAGAGACGCGUGGAGGUUCUCACUGCCUCAAUGGAAACUUGCACUGGGGACGGAGCUUGCCUUGGUCACGCCUUCUCACAUCUUCAAACUCUGAAAUUCACAACCGGUAGACCAAGCAAUAGAAAACUUUGCACCACUGUGUCCCAUGAAAACGUUUCUAUGUUUAGUUUAGAUAUUGCUAACGUGUGCUAUUAACCUUUUGAGAAGCGUGUAGUAUUGUUUGUUUUGCGUUUGUUAUGAUUUAUAACCACUUAGUAGUCCCCAGCUAGCUACCAGUACAGAUUUUACCCCAUGGGUAGGAUUCUAUUGUCAAGCCACAUAACAAAGCACACUAACCCAGACACUGCAAAUGGAAAAUAUGAACCAAAAAAAAAAAAAAAAAAAAGACAGAAAAAAAGAAA